GGCCUUUCCUGGGCCCUAACGACAGCUAGCCCGUGCGUCGCCCUCGCAGCUCUCCUGUGUCCCCCAAAAUGCCUUUCCCGCGCCCCCCGCCCUUCAGCGGUGACUGCCCAGGGGGCUCUGUAACGCGACACUCGGACUGCCGAGCCUGCCAGGCACUUCGGGGAGGGCGCUAGGGGCCGGGACGCGGCCGCCGAGCGUAGACUCCAGCCUUUACUCCGAGUUGCGCACGGAGCCCCAGCUGGGGUUGUCCAUUCUGGGGAUCACAGGCCGCGGAGCCCCGGGAGCCAUCCGCCGGGCCCCUUCAGACAGCCCGCUUCCGCAGCCGGCUGUGGGACGCCGGCGCCGGGAGAACGAAGCGGCUCCGGGAACACUAGGGCUUUCCCACCCGCCUGAGGUCGCCGGGGCGGGGCUUUAGGUGACAGGCCCGCGCGCUACUGCGGAAACAGGAAGUUAGCUGGGUGCGCGCCGGCUCGGACUGCAGUUCCCGGGUCUCUCGGCCACCGAAGCCGCCCUUCCCUGGUGAAAGGGCUCCUGCACCGCCCGGUGCUCCCCAUCUGCCUGGCGUUGUGCGCAGAGCUGGAAAACAUGGCUGUUGUAUGUAUUCUUGCGCCUGUGUGACAACAUUUAAACUUCUAAAACCGGAACCUCCUUCCGCUUUAGGAUUGCAAGUUAACCUAGGAAAAACAGCAUUCUGCAAAUUAUUUGCUGGAAAAUCUCGAUGGCUUAAAGCCCAUGUAUUAUUUUGCAGAGGUCUCUCACUCGUUUACUGGUGUAGAUUUUUAAAAAAUCCAUCUUAUCAAAAAAUACCGUUUAAGGUGGAAAAUUUCAAAUGCAAGUCGCCGUUGAUGAGAUUGCAAUUAAUAUAUUUAAGAUAGUGAAUUAGAGAAAAACUACAGGUGCCCAGCUAAGACCUGAAUGCCAUCACCCUAUCCAGGGCUCUGCAGUUUUCUCGUGGUGAACCCUUGAUGGAUUUGUUGUUGCCUGAGAAAUGGCGAUGAUCGAAUUGCGGUUUGGAAGACAGAAUUUUCAUCCGUUAAAGAGGAAGAGUUCAUUGCUGUUGAAACUCAUAGCUGUUGUCUUUGCUGUGCUUCUAUUUUGUGAAUUUUUAAUCUAUUACUUAGCAAUCUUUCAGUGUAAUUGGCCUGAAGUGAAAACCACAGCCUCUGAUGGUGAACAAGCCACACGUGAGCCUGUGCUCAAAGCCAUGUUUUUGGCUGACACCCAUUUGCUUGGGGAAUUCCUAGGCCACUGGCUGGACAAAUUACGAAGGGAAUGGCAGAUGGAGAGAGCCUUCCAGACAGCUCUGUGGCUGCUGCAGCCGGAAGUCGUCUUCAUCCUGGGGGAUAUCUUUGAUGAAGGGAAGUGGAGCACCCCUGAGGCAUGGGCGGAUGACGUGGAGCGGUUUCAGAAAAUGUUCAGACACCCAAGUCAUGUACAGCUGAAGGUAGUUGCUGGAAACCAUGACAUUGGCUUCCAUUAUGAGAUGAACACAUACAAAGUAGAACGCUUUGAGAAAGUGUUCAGCUCUGAAAGACUGUUUUCUUGGAAAGGCAUUAACUUCGUGAUGGUCAACAGCGUGGCGCUGAACGGGGACGGCUGUGGCAUCUGCUCUGAAACAGAAGCAGAGCUCAUUGAAGUUUCUCACAGACUGAACUGCUCCCGAGAGGCACGUGGCUCCAGCCGGUGUGGACCUGGGCCUCCGCUGCCCAUGUCUGCCCCCGUCCUCCUGCAGCAUUAUCCUCUGUAUCGGAGAAGUGAUGCUAACUGUUCUGGGGAAGACGCUGCUCCUCCAGAGGAAAGGGACAUCCCAUUUAAGGAGAACUAUGACGUGCUUUCACGGGAGGCAUCACAAAAGCUGCUGUGGUGGCUCCAGCCGCGCCUGGUUCUCAGCGGCCACACGCACAGCGCCUGCGAGGUGCACCACGGGGGCCGAGUACCCGAGCUCAGCGUCCCAUCUUUCAGUUGGAGGAACAGAAACAACCCCAGUUUCAUCAUGGGUAGCAUCACGCCCACAGACUACACCCUCUCCAAGUGCUACCUCCCACGUGAGGACGUGGUUUUGAUCAUCUACUGUGGAGUGGUGGGCUUCCUUGUGGUCCUCACAGUCACUCACUUUGGGCUUUUAGCCUCACCUUUUCUUUCUGGUUUGAACUUGCUCAGAAAGCGUAAGAUAAGAUGAAGAGCAGGCGCCAUUAUAAAUAUCAAAGCCCAAGAAAUGGAACUUUGGGCAGAGAUCAUGUUAGAAUCAAGUGGAUGAUAAGACCAAUUACAGGCCGUCUCUCUGCACAGCACAGAAAUUCUCAAUCACUGACAUGAGUAACUGCAAAAUAAAUAGUUGAUUGUACUGUUCUCAUGCUAUAAAAGUGGACAGGUACUCUACAACAAAUCUGUUUUCUCAUUUUUAUCAAAUAUAUGUAUCAUCAAAGGUUGCAUCUGUACAGUAUGUAAAUGCUAUUAAUGUCAUCACUCACAUGCACAACAGUCCUUGUUCCCCCAGGAAGGGCCUGGUGGCCCCAGCACACACUUGGGAUUAUGUGUAUACAUAAAUAUUGGGCUGUUUCCCUCUUCCUGUGAAGUGGUUCUCAAAUUCCUAUGUACUGUAAAGCUGUACCCUUAAAAGUACAGAUGUGGCAGGGCGCAGUGGCUCACACCUGUAAUCCCAGCACUUUGGGAGGCUGAGGCGGGUGGAUCACUAGAGGUCAGGAGUUCAAGACCAGCCUGGCCAACGUGGUGAAACCUCAUCUCCACUAGAAAUACAAAAAUUAGCCAAGCAUGGUGGCAAGUGCCUAUAAUCCCAGCUACUUGGGAGGCUGAGGCAGGAGAAUCCCUUGAACCCGGGAGGCGGAGGUUGCAGUGAGCCAAGAUCGUGCCACUGCACUCCAGCCUGGGCAACGAAGUGAGACUCCGUCUCAAAAAAUACGUUUAAAAAAAAAGUACAGAUGUGAUGUGCAGAACAUAUUGUUUUCAUAGAUUUUUAUACUUGAUCAAUUAAUGGAAUCAGAUUUUUAGAUAAGUGUAAUUUUCUCUAUAGGAGACCAAGUUGUUACAUCUGUUAAUGCCUGUCAGUGAUCAAAAGAAACUUAAAAAGUAGAAUGGGAUAUGGCUUUUGGCACCUGAAAAUAAAUGCUUUAAUAAUUGUAAGCCAGAUAAAA